AUGAAUGGUGAAUUUCAAGUCCCUAGUCACUGUAAGGCAGGGGUAGUGGUCAAUGAAGGCCCCAACUUUCAUCUUGAUGUGCAGAUGGUGCCCGUUCCCGAGCCAGGCCCCGAUGAUAUCCUUCUCAGGCUGAAAUAUACUGGGCUAUGUUCUUCUGACAUUCACAUGAUGCAAGGAGAUUUAGGACUCCCGCCGAUGUCUACCUUUGGCGUGCGAUCCCCUGGGCAUGAGGGUGCGGGAAUUGUGGUAAGAGUUGGUGCAAAUGUGAAAAAUUUCCAGUUGGGUGACAGGGCCGGGAUCAAACCCAUCAUGAACACAUGCGGGUCUUGCGUCCAUUGCUGGGAUGACAAGGAGACAUACUGCAAGGAAGCAACCCAUGCUGGUCUGAUGGUAGCCGGUACCUAUCAACAAUACCUCGUCUCCCCAGCCAGAUAUGCAUCACCGAUUCCGGAUGGAGUUCCGGAUGAAGUCGCCGCUCCAAUCAUGUGCAGUGCAAGCACCAUGUAUCGAUCUUUGGUUGAAUCCAACCUUCGGUCUGGAGCUUGGGUUGUAUUUCCCGGGGGAGGUGGUGGUGUUGGUAUCCAGGGAGUGCAAUUAGCCAAAGCAAUGGGUAUGCGCCCAAUUGUGGUGGACACGGGAGACUCCAAGCGCAGGUUAGCAUUGCAAAUGGGAGCUGAAGCGUUCGUGGAUUUUAUGGAGACUGAUGCGACCAACUCUGUGAUCAAAAUCGCCGAUGGGGUUGGCGCCCAUGGGGUGUUCGUGACAGCACCAGCCGCAUACAAAACGGCCAUCUCAUUUGUCGGAGAACGCAUCGGAAGUACCGUCAUGUGUAUCGGUCUCCCUGCCGCGGGAUCAACGAUGCUGGGUGCUGACCCCUGCGAAUACAUCUUCAAAAAUCUUACCAUCAAAGGUACCCUCGUGGGUAGUAGGAGAGACACUGCUAUGGCAUUGGAUUUUGCUCGAAGGGGGAUGCUUCAACAGAUAUGCGAGGUCUACCCAGUGAACCGCAUGCCCGAAGCUGUGGAAAGACUGCGCAGGGGAGAGGUGGCUGGGCGAAUCGUAAUCAACUUUGAUUGGGCAGAGUAG